UGCAGAGGGAUUAAUCAGCGAAGACGACACACAGAUGGAGCGACUGUGAAGAGCACCGCAGAGGCAGAGAGCGAGGAGGAUGGGAGGGGAGGGGAGACGAAACAGAGGACGCACCGGAGAGACGGCGAGACUGCAUGCCUGAGAAACACCAUGGACAUACAGGAGGCAGAAAGGACGACGUGCAGUUAGAGGAGCGCAUCACUGCAGCAGGGGUGCUAGCGUCUUUAGCAUCGGCGCGCUGGGCUCUAGGGAGCGGGGAAGGGCUCUCGCGGAGGAGCAUGGCAGCCUGGCUUGCUGGUUUCGCUGCGGCGGGAUGGACUGAGUCUCAUUCGUUAUUCUAGAAGACAACACAGCAUCGUCCACUAUGCGCAGGGAUCGAGAGCGAGCACAUGGGAUUGCGCGCCAUCGUCAACAACACGGCAGAACGCUACGUUCCCACAGCAGCGGCACAUCUAGCGCUGACAACAUUAGCCCUGAUAUUAGGUAGCACCCGAUGUAGCUUCAAUCGCAGCUUAGUGAAAGCUAGGCAAAAAAAAAAAACCAGCGACCGGUUCCGUUUGGGUUUUUUUACUCGCAUUUUUUGAUACCAGGUUCAUGUGUAACGCUCGCACAUCGCUCGGCGGACGGUGGGCGGUACGUACAGUAGUUGCCGUUAGAGUUUAGCGAACUUUGUGGUUGGUAUGGUGAGGAGAGCAAACGCUCUGACUGGAUUGGCUGAUGAAGGCCUCCUGGAUACGACUGCUGAAACGAGCAACAGGAAACCGAGUCAAGAACAACAUCGGUGGUUCAGCGGACUCGUACACCAGCCGGCCGUCGGACUCGGAUGUGUCUCUGGAGGAAGAUAAAGAGACUUUACGCAGAGAAGCUGAGAGACAGGCUCAGACUCAGCUGGAAAAGGCCAAGUCUAAACCGGUGGCGUUUGCAGUACGUACUAAUGUUGGCUACAGCGCUUCUCUUGAAGAUGACGUCCCCGUGCCUGGAAUGGGAGUCUCAUUCGAAGCUAAAGAUUUCCUUCACGUUAAAGAAAAAUUUAAUAAUGACUGGUGGAUCGGUCGCUUGGUGAAGGAAGGGUGUGACAUCGGCUUCAUCCCAAGUCCGGUGAAGCUCGAAAGCAUUCGCAUCCACCAGGAGCAGCGAGCCAAACAAGGGAAAUUUUACUCAAGUAAACUUGGGGCACACUCCUCAUCUAGUUUAGGAGACAUUGUUUCCAACUCACGUAAAUCAACCCCUCCAUCCUCAGCCGUGGACAUAGAUGCUGCAGGGUUAGAUCCGGAGGAGAGCGACCCUCCUCUCCAUCAGCGUUCACCCAAAGCCAGUCCAAACACAGUAAUAUCCCCUUUAGCCCGCGAGAAACGAAUGCCUUUCUUUAAGAAGACCGAACACGUUCCUCCGUACGACGUGGUGCCGUCGAUGAGACCCGUGGUGCUCGUGGGACCGUCGCUCAAGGGCUACGAGGUAACAGAUAUGAUGCAGAAAGCUCUCUUUGACUUCCUGAAGCACCGCUUUGAGGGGAGGAUCUCGAUCACGAGGGUGGCUGCUGAUAUUUCUCUGGCCAAGCGCUCUGUGCUCAACAACCCCAGCAAGCACGCCAUCAUCGAGCGCUCUAACACACGCUCCAACUUAGCGGAGGUUCAGAGUGAGAUCGAGAGGAUCUUUGAGCUGGCUCGCACGCUGCAGCUGGUGGUUCUGGACGCAGACACGAUAAACCACCCGUCCCAACUGGGAAAAACCUCUCUUGCACCUAUUAUUGUCUACAUCAAGAUCACCUCUCCGAAGGUUUUGCAGCGGUUAAUAAAGUCUAGAGGAAAGUCUCAGGCAAAACAUCUCAAUGUGCAGAUGGUGGCAGCAGACAAACUGGCCCAGUGCCCUUCAGAGCUUUUCGACAUCAUUCUUGACGAGAACCAGCUAGAAGACGCCUGCGAGCACAUGGCUGAUUAUCUGGAGGCCUACUGGAAAUCCACUCAUCCUCCCAGCGUCCCUCAGAUAAACCCUCUGCUGGAGAAACUCACCUCGGUCGCAGCGGCGGCAGUCGCCCGCAAAGACGCGCUGGCCAACACGCAACCAAAGGGCAGAGCGGGUGAGCAGACAGCAGAGAGACCAGACGACGACGACGACGACGACGGGACGGGCUUUUACCAGGACUACCAACAUCACCGCCAUCAUCAUCCCUACCAAACACAGAAGCAAGGGAGUCUGGAAGACGACAACGACGCUAAAGCUAACGACGACCAGCAGCAGAGCGAGUGGAGGAGCCGCCACAAACACCACAGCCAUCAUCACCACCACCACCAUCAUCAUCAUCACCGGCAUCACCACCACCAUCACGGCCGCACCACCAGGACGCUUUCCAAACAAGAGACGUCAGACUCCACGUACCCAGAGCCUCUCGCCGGACCUACGCCCGAAGAGGAACCGCCGAACCACCACCACCACCACCGCCACCAUCACCACCGGCCCGACAAAGAGAGGGAGCGCGACCACAACGAGAGGAACGGCCGGCAGAGAGGGAAGCAGAGGUCCGAGCGGAGACGAGGAGAGGCGGAGUGGCCGAGAGAGCAUCACAUAGAGCAGUGACACACGUGCCACAAACACACCGACCUCAACCCUAACGUUUUUACAGGCCAACGAAACCACCACGCACGACUUUUCCAAGCGUGGACCCGUUAAAGAAAGACAAUUAUACAUCGUUUAAUACGGCAUGAACGGCGAAAUUCUCUUUAAAGAUCGUGGAAUUUUGUGUAUUUAUUUUUUUGUUAUGUUUUUACAUUCCUGGUCUUACUGAACAAAUCACGGAUGCAUGUAAAAUAAAAAAAAAGGAGAGGAAAAAAAAAAAUGUUUGUAUUGUUUUUUAAAAUUCUACUCGCUCUGAUUCGAAACGAUCUUGGUUUUCAGCUGAUGCGAGUGAUAGUUUUCAGAAAUUAAUGCAAGUUCGUGGCGAAAAAAGCCACUGAAAAUGUCUAAAUGUGUCCCCAUGUAGAAACCUGCUGUUUAUUUAUUUAUUAUUUUAUUAUUUCUAUAUUUCUUGCAAUUUUUUAGGUCUAGUUAAUUACUCAAAUAAUUAUUUUUGUUAUUAUUAUUAUUAUUAUUAUUAUUUAUGGAAGUUUGUUUUCCGCUACAGGAAAAAAAAAGUAAAAUAAAUGCUUAUUUUAAAAUUCUGCCUUUUUUUCCUUUGAAGUCUGUAAAAAGAAAGCCAGGAUCCUGAGAUAUAAACUUAAUGAGAUAAACUAAAUAUAAGAUAUAAACUAAAUGAGUCUGAAAUCUAAAAAAAAAAAAAAAAAAAAGUGGAAUUGUGAUAGUAAAAAUUGUAAAGUUGUAAAAUUAAAAGCUUUUAUUCUGUGGGUGGAAAAAAAUAAUAAUAAUAAUUUUCAUGCAAAUGCAAGAAAAAAGUCAGAAUUCUGAGAUAAAUAGUUGCAAAUACAAUUUUUUUUUUCCCAUGGCGGAAAUGAUCUUCCAUAUUUAUUAUUUUGUUGUUGCUGAAUAUUCUGUUCGCCCAAAUUCUGGAUUGAAUUCACUGCUGAUUUGUUUAGUUUUAAAACAAAAAAUUAUAUAUAUUUUUUUUUAUGUUGUGUCAUUUCAAAUUGUUAUUUAAUGUUAAUUACUCGUGUGUUAACGUUGCGAAGGUGUGUACUGCCUUGCAUAUAGGAUAAAAACACUACAAAAACA